AUGUGAGCGUGUGCAUGAGGUUGACAGGGAACAGUGAACAACAGAUGUUUCGGGGACAGCAGGCCACUCAUGGUCACACAGACACACACGGAGUGUAGCUGUGCAUGUGAUCACAGCUACAAACUCUCCCUAUUUGUCAAGCGUGAUUUGCUUGAGUCAUAGAUACAUAAUUUUUAGUUGAAGUGUGCUUUUAUUCCGCAAACAUGGGCUGCUCCUCAUCCAGUGCUCAGACAGUAGAUCAAGAAAAAAAACCUGGUACCAAGCCAGAAGAGAGCAAUGGAGGCACACUGGGAAGAAGGACUCAAUUGCAGAAAGAGAGAAGUAUCCAAGUGCAAAAUCACAAUGUACUGAACACAAUGAUCAACACAAACUAUCGAAAGGCAGCGCAUAUACCAAAAACUCAAGGGCCAACGUAAGGGAACAAGGAGAGACGUUCUGGCGCCAAGUGACUGCAACACGGAGGCUUCCCAAUUCACCAUGCCAUCACAUGUUCUUUCAGUUGGCAAAAAUCUAAGUUUCUCUGAUGGCACCACUAGUAAACAAACCCUUCUAUGUCAUUUGACCAAGGCAGAGUGAUUGAGAAAACAGGCUAAAUGGCAUGUGGGGUGUCACACUGUUCAGAACGGCAUCAUUGGAGAGACCAUUGAGGACAAAAUGCAAUUGCCUGUAAGUGACUUGGCAGAUGAUCUUCAGCAGGAAGCUGAUGAUGGGGCAGAGGCAGUGUUAGUGGUAAUGGAAGCCCAAGAGGAUCUUGGCUCUGGUGAAGACAUUUUGACUGAUCUUGAACCACAACCAGAUCCUGUCAGUGUUGAAGAACCUGGUUCAGCUUCUGGUUCAUCAAAAGCCUCCGGUGACUCAACAUUUGCUGAUGUUGCUGCAGAAGCCUUGGACCCUUUGAUGGCCAAACCACUUUCCGAGGAGGAGAUCCCUGUCAUGGGAGAUAGUGAAAUUAGGCAAGCAGAGGUACCUGCUGAAGAAGAUAUUGAAACUUGGAAGACAAUUGUUCCUGUCCCAGAAGAUGAUGAUGUGAUUAAGGGUGAGGUCCCAGUUGUAGAAGAAAUGAAGGCUGAUAGUCCUACUGUAGAUGUUGAACCUGUGUAUGCUAAGGUUCCUGCUGUUGUAGAACAGGCAUCUGCUGUCCCAGCUGGGGCCUCUCCUGAAGUUGCCAAUCCUGUUGCUGAACCUGUGGUAGCAGAUACACAGGAAGCAGUAGCUGAUGUCCCUGAUAAGGUGGCCCCUUGUUUAGAGACAGCAACUGAAAAUUCUCCCCUGCUUCCACCUUUAGUAAGGCCUGAAUCUCCUGCUUCAACUGAGGCUGCAAUCAAUGAAGUUGAACCACCAGCUGGAGCUACACCAGGUGAUGCUUCAGUAGAAGAUCCAAUGACUGCUAAAUCCUCUGAGGUAAAAGAAGCUACCAUAGAUACAGGGAUUGCAGUGGCGACGAUUCCGGAGAUGCUUCCUUUAGUUCCAGUUACAGAUGAGACACAAGCUGAGUAUACAUUUGCUGUUGAAGAGUCCAAUGAAGCUCUUGUGAUGCCUUCAGAAACUGUUCCACAAGCAGAACCCUCGUGUCCUGCAGAAUCGACCGCUCCUCAGGAGCCUGCCUUGGUAGUCCUGGAGGUUCCAGUCUCUUCCACAUUGCUUUUAAAAACAUCAUCAAAAGAAGCCUCAGAAGUUCCACCAGCUUUUGGAGCCUCUUCACCUUCUGUGGCGAUUGAUUGUGCUGUUGAAGUUCCUGUACCUAGGCCUACACAAAAAGAAAUUGAGACCAAUUCGCCAGUCACUGCUGCUGAGCAAGUCUCUGAACCCUCAACUGAAGUAGUGUCUGAAGCAGAGUGCCAUCAGGCUAUGGAGAAAGAGAAAGCCAAAAAGGAAGACUGAAUCGACAGAGGAAAACUGCUAAAAAAGGAAAAAACUCAAAGCUGCAAAUAUAAAGGCAAGUGAAGGAAAAAGGUGAUGCAUCAACAAAGCCAACUUACCAUUGUCUGUAAUGUCUUAGUUUUUAUCAAGUGUAUACAUGUCUGAUAGAUGAAUACACAAUGUGGCUUAAUUUUCCAUCUAUUAGAACAAGUUUUUAACAGAUUCUAUUAUUACUAUAUAUUGGAGAUGCUAUGUAAAAAAAUAAGAUGGGUAACAUGGUCCAAGUGUAGUUGUUAAUGGUACUAUAAAAUGUUUUAGUUAUGUCACAUUUCAGAAAUGUAGUCAUACUCUACUUUGGUGUGUAUGUAAUAUCUUUGGCAUCUUCCUACUAAUGUGGUUGGUGUUUUUAAUUUUAAAAAUGUGUUGAAUUACCUCUAGUUCUGAAUGACGUUUUAAAAUAAAAAUCCUGAAUGUCGAACAAAACUAACUUACAAAACGUAAUACAUGGAAUGUGCAGAAAGAUUCCUUUUUUAUUACUAUUGUCUUUCGUCAUCAGCAUUUUUGUCUGUAAUACAGAACAUUCCUUAUACUGUAUGUGAUUCUGCUAACAGUGAACAGAAUAAAGUUUCAGUCACUAAUCCCA